AUGGCCCAGGUGUAUGUAUUCCCACUGGCGAAUGCUCUCGUAAUGGAGGAAGUUACCGGUCAGGCUUCUGUCCUCAGGACCCAGCAGACAUUAAAUGCUGUUAUAAACGUCCCUGCGUACCAAACUUGUCAUCAAGUUGUCAGUGGCGAGAUCGGCAACCUUUUUGCUAUGGUCAUUUCCAGAGUGGGUUAUGUCCUGGACCUUCCGAUUUUCUUUGUUGUAUUUACAAGAAUCAACCGCAAUAAUCUCUUACAUUUACCGGUUGUUGUAAGAGCAUUCGCAACUGCCGACUAA